AGAUUCGUGCGGUAUUUGGACAAGGAACUUUGUCCGACCUUCGAUUUACCCAUCGAAUGAGACUGAAGCGUAUAUAGCUGUGUAUGGAAUGUUAAAAUAUCAUCAUGACGGAAAGUCUCGCAGAUCAACUGAAGAACGUGAAACUGAAGAAGUCGGCCGAGCCUAUGAAGGACUUUUCCAAUCCUAAGACCAUGGGGUUCACCAGCGCCCAGGAAAUUCGGGAUUACGAGGAUAAGGUACUGGACGUUAAUACCGAGCGCUGGAUACAGCUUCUCAGUGACGUCACAUUCCCGACAGUCACGUGCCCUUUCACCCUCGAUGAUGCCAAACUCUUCAUCGAGUGUUACAAAAGGAUAUUUGACAACAAAGAUGCUGAAACGACCAUGAUGACCGAUUGGAAAGCUGCAUUGGCGUCAACUGAAAAGGAGCAUUUGGCUGAUCUCACGAAGAGACUAGACUCUGCCAUGUCCAUCUUCACCGAAGAGGAUGGAUGUGCAUUCGUAAAGUUGUCUUCCAGGAGUGCUAAGGACGCGCCCAUGUUACAGACGCGACUUAAAGAUAUGUAUAAAGAUGCUUUGGGAACAUUCGAAGAAAACGAACAAAAACAAGAAAAUACGAAAAUAAUAUGUUUGCUUCAAGCAGCAUUUGACGCCAUGAGAGUCACGUGUGCCGAUGAAGUCAUUGAUAUGUUUGUACGAAGUGAACGAGUAUAUCAAGACCUCCUAUUGGCUGCUGUGAAUAGACCUGAAGUAUAUGAUGAAAACUUUGUCAUUAGGAAGUUUAUUCCUAUCGAUGUCGACAUGGAGUUCCGAGGAUUUGCUUACAAAGGACAGUUAACCGCUCUUUCCCAGUACAACUAUAUGAUAUAUUCAGAACGUCUUGUGGCAAAGAAGGAGGCCAUUGCUAAGCGAAUUCUUGAAUUUUUUAACGCCUCUGUACAGCCAAAACUCUCCUCAGAUAGCUUUCCACGGGAGUUUAUCAUCGACUUCGCUGUUUGUAAUGUCGAAGCUGGAGAAGAUUCAUGGAAACUCUGGGUUAUUGAAUUAAACCCAUUUCUGUCGUCAACAGAUGGUGCCAUGUUUAGUUGGGAGCACGAGAAAAAUCUUUUGACAGGAAAUGACGGAUUCCACUUCCGUGUUGUGCCAAGACCAAAGCCAGGGUCGCUGACAAUGUUACCAACUAGUGUGAGGGCGAUUUUAAAGGAUUCCUAGGGUAGUGUGGAAUGACGCACCAUUUAAUUUCUAAAGCCAACGCAUUGAAUCUGCAUGUGUUAAGUCUUCUCUCCACAGGAGCCAGUACCAGAGACCGAAUCAAAUUUAUAUUGGAACCUCUUCUAAUAAAAGCUUUAAUCGUCUCAAUUCUCAUUUUGGAUUUAAGCAACAAUUUGACGCUUUGUGCUAUAUAAUUGAUACGAGGGCUGAUUGAUAAGUUGUGAGCCUCAUAUUGAAGGAUUUGAAUUUUGCCGGACAUAUUGUAUUAUUUUUCAACUUCUUCAGUAUCUAUACAAUUUUUCGAGCGGUGUUUAAGGGCCUCAAUGCCACUUUUAUAGAACUACUUUUCUUGACUGUUCAGAAAGUUGUCCAUUGCAUGUUAGGGUUUGGGUUAGGUGCCUGAAAUAGCUGUUUUCAGUUUUGGAAAUAGAUGAAAGUCUGAUGGAGCGAGAUCGGGUGAAUAAAGCGUAUGCUCAAUCAAUUUAAAGCCUUUCAUCCUCACCUUCACCCUAACCCUAACCGGUGUUGUCCAUUUUUCAAAAGCCGCUUGUCUCGUUUACUUUAAGAGUGCUACCUCUUCGAUAUAAACUAACCAAAUGACACCAGUCCUUGGGUACACGGCCCUAUAUAGUCAUAGAAUAGUAGGACUUAAAAAGAACAUCCUUGAAUAUCUCCUUCAAUACGAGGCUCAUAACAUAUCAAUCAACGCUCGUACAUCCAUUACACAAUUGCUGAUGUAUACCCAUGGCUCUCAGGUUCAACAACAUACUACAUGUAGUAUAUUAUAAUUGUUUCUAUUGUAUUAUAUUUCCACGUGCAUGGGUCUGGAACAAGGUCAUGGAAAUAGUAGGUAGAGUAUUUUCCCAAAUUGUAUUUUCCAAAGCCAUGCCAUUGUUGAUUGUUUUCUGUGUUAUUAAGUGUGUGAUUCUGCUGGGUUUUUUCUGUACCAGGGUGACUUGAUGCGUGCAAGUGUGUAUAUUCGAACGUAAAUGUAGCCGGACGCUCAUGCAAGUACGUUCUUAUGCAUGUAGUGACCGUAUAAUUAUAUCUCCCUUUCGAAUGAAGGGAGACAUAUCGUAUUAGUACCGGUUAUUAUGAUUCUUCGUUUUUCUUCUUCGUUUAGUAAUUUCUUGUCCGGGUUAUAAUUUCUGGACCGUUGAAGAUAUGAUGAUGAUGAAACUUAAGAGAGUACUUGCACCACCUAAAGUCGAUGUAAAGUGCACGGUCGUUAGGUCACUUCAAGGUCAAAGUUAUAAUAAAAGCAAAUUUUACAACAA